UGACGUUUCUGUAUAGGGAUGUACUAAGGAGAAAAGAAUCGGUAAAAGUUUCACCCGUGACAAUUUGUUAUCUUUGUAAUAGAAAACAGGCUAACUAUUAAUCUAGCAACAUUUGUGAUUACUUGUCUGUCUUAUCUGUCAAAUUUCUUACGCGCUUCGUUGUAUUUAUAAGGAAUUUCUUGUAUAUUUUCUUAUUUGAUUUCUUUAAAAUUGAUUUGUAUCGACGGUUUGAUGAUCCAUCUUCACGACAAUGUCCAAAAGGAAGGCUGGAGUUAACGAUAUCAUUUAUGAAUUGGAUAAUGAUGACAUCGAAUUAAGUAGCGAAGAUGAAGGUAAACAUCCUAAAAUUAACCGCCUUGAGCCAAAAAUCGGCUCACAAACCUUAAGCGACGAUGUUAUUGUUGAAGAAACUUCUGUAGAAUGUAUAGAUAUCGACUGCUCUAUUGAAACUAUUGAGAUUAAAUCGUCGCCAACCAAAGCACAGAAUGGAGGGAAAAGUCUGAAUAUUAUUGAAGUUGAAGACGACGAUGAGCAACUGGUGGUUGAGGAGGACGUUAUUACUCAGAAACAGAAGAGUAACACUUCUGGAUCAUCAAUAUUUAAUGAAGACAUAGUUGUUGAUUCUCCAGCAUCUAAUACAGACCUGGGUGUUGCGGGUUGUGAGAAUCGGAUGCCUUUGUUCACAGUGCGUUUUAAAGAUAACAAGACAGCUAAAGCUUAUAAGGAGGAAGUAAAAGCCUUUAUGUUGAAACUUAUUAAACUGCAUGACACUGAAUCUUUGGAGGGCUCGGAAACAGAAACAGAUUUGGAACUUGAUAUUUGGCCAGAAGACUUACAGGAUGCUGACAGUGCGCCUCAAAUGGAGUCGCAAGAAGAGACAGAAGAACAAGACAACUUUUUCUUUGUUGAUACUGACCCAUCUACUCAGGAACCUGGUGAAAUACCAAGAUACAAACAGGCAUCUACUCUUAUUUGCAACAUACCAGCGAAAGAACCCACACCCCCACCUGUGCUGCGUCGAGGCCCAACUUGCUUUAACUGUGAUGGCGCACAUCCAUUAAGAGACUGUACGGUACCGAGAGAUAAUGCUAGGAUUGCAGAGAAGAGAAAAAACAUGGUUAAACUUGGCCGCUACCAUGUUGAAGACGAACAGAAGUACGGGCAUCUGAUCCCCGGGCGGAUCUCCGGAAACCUCCGCCACGCGCUCGGCUUGAAGCGGAGCGAGAUCCCGCUGUACAUAUACCGGAUGAGGCUGCUUGGAUACCCGCCUGGCUGGCUUGAGGAAGCGCGGAUAUCACACUCUGGAAUCACCAUGUUUGACUCCACGGGAAGCGCAAUAAGGGACCCAGAAGAGGAAGAGGGGGAGGUCAGCGAGCCGGGCUCCAAGGACAAAUUCGACAUCAAGAAGAUACUCGACUUCCCCGGCUUCAAUGUGCCCGCCAGUGCGCGUUAUAGAGAGGAAGCCCACCUAUACGGCUUGCCUCCGAUGUCGGAGCAGGACAGUAAGAUAACUAUGCUUCAGAUGUUAGCACCGAACGCAAUGAAGGCGUACAAGAGGAAAAAGCUGACGUUCUUCCCUUCGGCCGACAAGGCUGCAGCCGACGGGCAGGCUGAGAUGGAGUUAGAUAGUGGCGACGAAGUCGCCGAGUUCCCAUCCGUCCCGCCGCUGCCCGACGACGCGCCGCCCCCUCCCCCGCCGCCCCCCGACUGUCCGCCCCCGCCCCCGCCCCCGCCCCCGCCCCCGGAGUCCCCACCCCCCCUGCCCGAGGCAUCCCCGCCCCCCACCCCGCCCAAGUCCCCCGACCAGCCUGAGAAAGAGACCGACAAGUUGAAUGAAAUGGACGAUAUAGAAAUUGUGGCGGUGACCGAGGUGAAGGAUAUACCGAUGCCUAUGGAUGCGUCGCAUAUCACUAUUGAAGAUGGUUUGGACAAGUCUGAACUAAGCAGCGGCCAAAUUAGCCCCUCCCUAGAUGACUUAGAAGAAAAGAAACGGCUCCUGCUCAACGCUUUAGAAACAGAUGUCACUCUGCCGAACUCCCCUACCAUUGCCAUAGAUACCGAACCAACCAAAAUACCAAGCGAGGACACAAUUAGUGAAAACGAAACCGAAAAUGACCCUAAAGGAACAGGUGAUAAGGAUCAAGUUCCUAAUGCAAUACCUUUAAGAUUGGAAAUUGAUACUAACGCCGAUGCGUCACCCUCAAGUAUAGGAAGUCCAAGUAUAAAUCCAUUACCAAGCGAAGCUACAACACCUACAUCAGACAACAAAGGUAUUAAAACUACCUCCUAUGGCACACCGGUCUUAAACAUUGCUUCGCAUUAUGUGAAAUUACCAAGUGACUCGAAUUUUGCUAAAGACAUUUGUGACGUUAUCAAUUUUGAGAAUCUCCCGAACUCAACGGGUAAGUAUAAGAAGAUAUGUAAUCUGUUGAAAAAGGUGAAGAGUGAAGUGGACAGGAUACAUGACUCGUGAAGUGAUCACUGACUUUAUUAUUGUAAUACUGGAUAGGUCGCUAAUUCUCCUGUUUGUACAAUACCCAGACUACAUAGACUCCGCAUUAUGAAGAGCUUAAAAAAAACAUGAGGUUCCCACACAUAGACGCUAUUUUACUUUUGAACUGCUUCGAGCAGCACAACAGAGUUUUAUUGUAUCCAUUUUAUACGACCGGUUUGGCCUAGUGGGUAGUGACUCUGCCUACGAAGCUGAUGGUCCCGGGUUCAAAUCCUGGUAAGGGCAUUUAUUCGUGUAAUGAGCAUGGAUAUUUGUUCCUGAGUCAUGGGUGUUUUCUAUGUAUUUAAGUAUUUAUAAAUAUGUAUAUAUUAUAUAUAUCGUUGUCUAAGUAUCCUCAACACAAGCCUUAUUGAGCUUACUGUGGGACUUAGUCAAUUUGUGUAAUAAUGUCCUAUAAUAUUUAUUAUUAUUUAUAUACUAUAACAGCCCAGGCACACCCCUAAAACUUGAUUUUUGUUAUCUUAUCGGACAGUUGGCGGGCUAACCGAAAAAAAAGUGUAAUAUUUCUCCGUCACGGCCGUUUUGUUUAAAUUCUUGCUUGAGAAUAAUUAGCCUAAUUUCACUAACUGACGUAUAUCCUAUAGUGGCGCAAUUGGCAGGCAGCCGCUUAGAAACAGGCGGUGACAGCGAUCCGGGUUCGAUCGCCGGACGUUUAUAUUUUAGGUUUUUUUUUUUGCACUUGAAUUUCAUAUUUUUGAUUAUAAGCGAGCUAAGCAUAUCUGUUUCAGCUUGUACAAAAAUGUUUUCUUAUAUUUAGUUGUUCUCCCUGUCCGUAAGUCGGCAUUUCUGAACUGAUUUAUGAAAUUUUGUGUACUUAAAAUAUACUUCGUUCCCACCGAGUUCCACGACACUCACGCAUUUUUUAAUUUACAUGAGUACUGGUUAUAUAGGCGCAACUGAAAUAAGCGGCCGCAUCCAUACUAAAUUUGUAUGAUAGCGCUUAUGCGUGGUAACCUCGAUCAUCUUACGUACUUUGUCUAGUAGUUGAGGUGAUCUGUGGUAGAAUAAUAUAGUCUAUUUUUUACAGACAUAACUAAAUUCAAAUUGAAGACUGCGAUCAGUGUCGAAAAACUCAUCGAAGUGGUACUUUUCCUUAGGGUGUGCUCCCGGGUCUGGUUUUGUAUACAAAAUUAUUGUUUACUCUUUUCCAGGCAUAGUACGAUUUAUCGACCACAUACGCGCCAUUAGAAUUUCAACUUUAGCAUUCCGAUUUAAGGUUCAAAUUAGAUUACACUUUCAGGAAAUGUUACUUGUCUUCAAAUGAAUCAUCAAAGCUGGAUUUAUUGGAAUAUAUUUGGAUUUUUUGGGAAAAUUUUGUAGAUUGGUGCGGCCUGGAAAAGGGUAACUCUACCCAACAAUUCAACCCGGAAGCAUUUCCUGCUUUUACUUUUUACUGUUUAUCCUGUAGGUGUUUUCUAAAUUAAUAUAAUUAAAGGAUAUGUUGGCGAUACUAUCCAGUGUUGAUAUAAUAUUAGAUAGUGCGGUUAGUACGAAUUGUGUUCAUAAAAUAGUACAUGAUAGGUUAUUAUAAAAAAAGCAGAUUCAAUCCAAAUUGCAGUCAACAAUAUACACCUAACACCUAUAAUUAGUUCAUAAUGUACGACAAUGCGAAAUAAAAAUAAAGGUCUAUGCGUCAAAAUGGUCCAAAAACCAACAGAGUUGAGAGUUUUUAGACACAUAGGUUAAUAUCUUCUACAUUUUAUUAUAUGGACACUAUGUUAAAAUAUGUAUACCUACCACUUAAGUUUUUUCUUGAAAUAAAAUAAUAAUAAAAAAAACCAUUCAAAACUGAAACAAUCAAGUUCUAAUACUAUUCGCCGUGCUCGCCCGGCGGAGCGCGAACAUCUGCCCUGCAUCAAUUCAUUUUACUUGGACUCUAUUACUUAGGUAAUAAGGGCGACGACAUUUUGACUAAAACACUUUGUUCCCAUAGAACGAAACCCCUUGAUGCCCGUAAAACGAAAUGAAGUAUAUAGAAAUACCCAAAAGUGUUGUUAUAUAAGUGUAUCUCAUGUAAAUGAAUUUUGUAAAUUAUUUAUGUGAUAAUAAAUGUCUUAAACCAUAUAUAAUAACCUAACUCUCGUCUGUUCGUUUUUGGACCAGGCUCCUUUAAAUGGUAUGCCAUGUCAACAGAUUUUUACUGAAAUCACUUGAGUGUAUCACCCAGAAGAUUGAUCAUUUCAGAUCAAUUUAUUCCUGGGGAACUAGAUAUAAUAUGUCUAAUAAACCCACAUCCAUCUCAGGGUACCUACCUUAAAAGUGCAUCCUCUACGUUUUCGGUUGGAUAGAAUAAAAAAAGUAUAAAUACGAGCUCGAAUUUGUUUGUUCGUUUAACUGACCCUCUGAUCAUAAUGUGACAAUGUGGUACCUUUUGCUUGAGAAAGUCACCAUUAUCUUUAGGUACCUUCUCUAAAUUUGUUGACUGUACAGUUAAGACUAGGAAUAAGAAUACGAUGUAUUUUUAUACUCAAUAGCAUUAAUUCAUAAAAGCCAUUUGAAAUGUUUGGAGCUUCCAACUCUAAAGUGUAUGUUUAGUAAUUGUUUACCAAUGUAUGUAGGUAUAGGUAAAAAACUUAACUAAAGCCCGUGUGUAUGUGUGUGUGUGUGUGUUGUGUGUCGUAAGUGGACAGGAAUAAUGAAACUCGAAAGACAAGCAAACAAUGAGUUUGCAAACCAUAUUUUACAAAUUUCAGAAAUGGAAUGUUUAUUCGAACACUUCACUCGCACAUUUAAGAGGGGCUUUAGCAAAGUUUUAUACCUAUACAUGUGUUAGGGUCUGUUUCACAAUGUCCAAGUAAAGUCCUGACGAAGCUCCUUGCCACUUAUCUGAUGAAUAAAGUCAUCGUUGGCGUUUCACAUAAAUCUUCAAAUAAACUGGUAGAUAAAUGCUAAGUUUUGCUAUCCGAUACUUUAUUCAGACUUUGCGAAACACCCUUAAAUAAAUGACAGAAAAACUAAUUCUCUUCAUGAUGCAUGUAUUGAUUCUAAACUUCAUAGUCGUGUAGAUAUUAUUAUGUUUGCAGAUGUGCAAGUUGCGAAAGUUUCUUAAAAGAUGGGAACGUUCUCGGAAAUUUCAGGAAAUAUUCACAGGAAACAAGGACGGAACAUUUUGUAAAUGAAAAAUUUCGAUUCCUAUACAAAAAUAUGUUUCCGAAAAUGUUCCAAGUGGAAAUUUCACUAUUUUGGAAAUUUUCCGCAAGGUCAUCAGUAAUUAUGUUUCUUGCUCAGCGUUCAGCAUAUUACCAUUAUGUUCUGUAAGUACGCAGUUUUUCGAGAAAAGUAUAUUUUAUUAAAGAAACUAUUUUAUAAUAUUAUAAAUAUUUUAGUUUUUAACACCAAUAAAAUAGUUUUGAUUUAAUUACGAAAAAAAAAAACAUGUUUUUAAGUGAAAGCAAUAUUUUACGUGUCAAAUUAUAGCAUAAUAGAUUUUAGGUUUUACUUUACAUAAGGAUAUUAAUUACCUUAUUGAAAUUGAUUGAGUAGGUAAAAUAGGGCUAGUUUUUUUUAUAGAAAUGUACAAUUUCAUGAUAUUGACUAAGUUAGCCUAGGUGAUCUUCCAUUAUGAUUUUUCUUAUUAGAUAUCAUAGCAGUUUCGAUUUGGAAUAUUGCAAAUUAUCCGUCCGUGUUUGUCUUUCUAUCAAAGAUUCAUGGAUUAUGAUAUUUAUGAUUAUAUAAGACGUCUAAGAAUAAAAUCGCCCCAGCUUGACCGUUGAAUUACUGAUGAAAUUACUCACUUAAAGUUUCAUUUGAACUGACCGCGCAACAGUAGCGCCCCUAGUGGUGAAUUCUCGCGAUAUCAUAUUAUCUAAUUCAAACUUGUUUGAAAAUAUCGAUAUGAACAGCACUGGUCAAACUGUGGUAUCAUUUGUGCACAUUGAUUUGUCAAUUUAGUUCGCCUGAUUCUGGAGGCUUUUUAAAAGUUAGUCUUUCUUACUAAAGGCUUGUUUACACCGGAUGCGUGUGUAGACGUGCACCUUGUAUUAUACAGAUCUUUAUGAGACGGCACACCGCUUGCGUGACAUGAGCGUGCACGUACUCGCAGCCGGUAUGCUCUGGCCUAUAUAGCGGAUGCCUGACGAAAAUAUAAACUAUAUUCACUGUUUCACUGGUGAUGACUUAAGUUAACAAGUGUAGUAUUUGAUUCCAUGUCGUAAAAGAAUGAUUAAGUUUUUUAUUUGUCUUUCUUUCAGUAUGACGAGGUUUGUGAGAAUAUCGAGACUCAAGUGAAUAUCCUACGAACGAACUGAACUUUCUUAAGAGGGAAGAAUAUAUAUAUAGCUUUGCGAUCCUAACGAAAUAACGGUACUUUUCCUACAAAAUUCAAUUUCGGGAGAAAAAGGUUUCCACUAAUUAAAUCUUAACAAAUCACUUUGAUUUUGAUGUCAAUCGCUUUAGCCUUACGCUUAUUUUUUUUUUAAAUUUUGUUAUAAUGGAAAACCUAGUUUUUCAUUGUGUCAAUAACAUACUGAAAAAUUAUGGCGAAUGGAAAAUAUUUAGAAGUGGAAAAUCAUUUUCUCUUUUUUGUACGGUCGAGUACCUACUACUCCACUACCCACACCAUUUUGGCUCAUCCACCUUCUACCAAUUUUACCAUACACUUUUUUUGUGAAUAAUAUUUCCGUUUAAACAAUGAAACAAAUGAA